GCACCCAGUGCCUGGGACUGUACAUUUGAGACAGGACUGUGUCAGUACCAGCAGGCAACUGAUGAUGAGUUUGACUGGACCAGGCAGACUGGCUCCACUGGUACAGGUGACACAGGACCCUCUACAGACCACACACUUGGAGUUGUUUGCGAGAGCCGCUCCACUCCAGACCGCUACCUGUACAUGUGGGACCUUCCCCAGCUCACACAAUCGCGGUUCUACUUCUCUGUGAUGGGAAACAAUGAUGCCCACAUUGCACUGUCCGGUCAGAACCAAGACCUGGACGACAUGUAUGAGAUUGUGAUUGGAGGAUGGGGGAACACGCAGUCUGUCAUUAGAAGAUCUAAACAGGGAGCAAACCAGGCUACGGCACCAACCCCAGGAAUAUUGUCAGCAACUGAAUUUAGAAAAUUCUGGAUCUCCCACCUUGCUGACGGCACAAUCCAAGUUGGACGUUAUGGAGAACAACUCCCCUUCAUGGAAUGGACCGACCCUAAUAAGCUUGACAUCAAUUUUGUGGGCUAUUCCUCUGGAUGGGGGGUAGCAGCUGAAUGGAAGUUCUGUGACCUUGCUAAUGGUUACUACUUGUACAUCGAGACAUCGGACCCUGUUCAAAAUGAUGACAAAGCCCGGAUAGAGAGUGCCACCCACCCACCUACUGUUGGCCAGGGCAAGUGCCUGACCUUCUACUACCACAUGUACGGAACUAACGUCAACACCUUGAACCUGUACCUGAAGAGUGGAGGGGCCCUGGGCAAUCCCAUCUGGACUCGGUCUGGCACUUUGGGUGAUGAAUGGAGAAGAGCUCAUGUCUCCAUUGUCAAGGACAGCAACUUCCAGAUAACAUUUGAAGGAGUACGUGGCACAAGUUUCCGUGGAGACAUUGCUAUAGAUGACAUCAUGCUUGCAGAUGGACCUUGCACAUAUGUUGGUGAGCAUGUGUGUGACUUUGAGGACGCCAACCUGUGCGGGUACACUCAGGACAGUAAUGAUGACUUUGACUGGACCCAGCAGAGCAGCAGUACAGGAACCACCAACACUGGGCCUACCACUGACCACACUUAUGGCACUGAUGCAGGUAAAUACCUGUACAUUGAGACGUCCUCUCCCCGGCAACCUGGGGACAUCGCACGCCUGAUCUCUCCAUCCUACCCCGCCACGACCGGGCAGUGUGUCAAGUUCUGGUACCACAUGUACGGAAGCAGUAUCGGCAUGCUCAGGGUUUACAUGAGGUCACAGAACACCCAGGGUAACCCGCUCUGGACCAAGUCAGGUGACCAGGGUGACCACUGGUUGGCUGGUCAAGUUACCAUCACGUCCACCUCAUCAUUCCAGGUUGUGUUUGAAGGAGAACGGGGAACAGGUUUCAGGGGAGACAUCGCUAUUGACGAUGUGCAGAUCACAGAUGGAGCCUGUCCAAAUCCAGGUGACUGUGACUUUGAGGAUGGCAGGUGCACAUGGAGCAACUUGAACGUUGUCGACGACUUUGACUGGCUCCUCGGGAAAGGUGACACACAGAGCCAGUUCACUGGGCCGUCUGUGGAUCACACCCUCGGCACUGAUCAAGGUCAAUACAUGUUUAUUGAGACGUCCAACCCACGAGUGCAAGGAGACAAGGCCAUGUUCACUAGUGAGACCUUCCUUGCCAGCAGCGCCUGCAUCAACUUCUGGUACCACAUGAAGGGCACUGGAAUUGGCACCUUGAAGGUGUUGGUGCACAAGCAAAGAGACAACACGUACACCCAGGUGUGGAGCCUCACAGGCCAGCAGGGAGACCAGUGGUUAGCUGGACAGGCCCCUGUUUCCCAUGAUCAUGACUACAAGGUGGUUUUUGAAGCUGUAACAGGAACAGAUCACCUGGGGGACAUCGCCAUUGAUGACAUCUACUUCACCAGUUCAGCCUGCUCAGUGAGCCCUUCAGCUGCAGUUCCUGGGUCACCAACACUAACAACCAUGAUGCCCACAACGAUCCCUAACUUCCCAACUUCAACAUUUGUACAAUCUCAGUAUGACUGUAACUUCCAAGUGGACCUGUGCAGCUGGUCCCAGUACACAGGCGAUGAGUUUGACUGGACCCGAGCGCAGGGCCCCACUGGUUCACAACAGACUGGCCCCACUGUAGACCACACUCUGGGAACAGACCAAGGCUGGUACAUAUACAUCGAGACAUCGUCUCCUCAGGUUGUCAACGAUACCGCUGUCCUUCUGAGUGCAAACAUCCCAGCCGCCCAGGACAAGUGUCUGCAGUUCUGGUACCACAUGUAUGGUGCGCACGUGGACGUCCUGAAUGUUAGAUUCUACACCAGUCAGGGCUUAUCUUCUCCAUUCUGGACAAAACAGGGUACUCAGGGAGACUCAUGGCAGUUGGCUGAAGUUUCUGUGAAUGGUUUGAGUACUCAGUACCAGAUUGCUUUUGAGGCACGCCGGGGUACAAGUUUCCGAGGUGACAUUGCCCUGGAUGACAUCAGAGUGACUGAUGGCCGCUGUGCUGCACCUGCCUUGACCCAGCCAUGUGACUUUGAGCUCCCAGACAUCUGUGGGUUUACACAAGAUACAACAGACGACUUUGACUGGACCCAGGACAGUGGAGCAACCGGCUCCACCAACACUGGACCCAACACUGACCAUUCCACUGGGACUGCUGCAGGGAAGUACAUGUACAUUGAGACAUCUGCACCCCAGCAGCCAGGCGACGUUGCUCGUCUUAUCAGCGCAACGCUCCCUGGAGACUCCACCAGCUGUCUGCAGUUCUACUACCACAUGUACGGCUCCAGCAUCGGCACACUCAACAUCUACGCAAAGGAUGAUGGGAGUAGUAACCUGGGUGGGGCCAUUUGGAGGAGGACGGCUGACCAGGGCGACCAAUGGGUGAUCGGAUAUGUUACAGUGCCACGAAGAGGACAGAAUAUGCAGGUUGUGUUUGAAGGUAUCCGUGGCAGCAGUUUCCGUGGAGACAUUGCCAUUGAUGAUGUGCAGUUGACACCAGGGGCAUGCCCUCUUCCGGGAGACUGUGAUUUUGAGAAUGGACUGUGCGGCUGGAUCAACCCUCAGGUGGGAGAUGAGUUUGAUUGGACCAUUGGGCAGGGAGCGACCGGCAGUGCAUCUACUGGGCCAUCUCAGGACACCACUAUCGGCUCUGCUGCAGGUCAUUAUGUGUUCCUGGAGUCGUCCAGUCCACGUGUGCCGGGCGAUCGAUGCUGGCUGCAGAGUGAGCUGUUCCAAGCCACCAAUAGUGAUGGAAGGUGCCUGCAGUUCUCUUACCACAUGUACGGGAGCUCUGUUGGUACACUCAGGGUCAUUGUUGUCGACUAUGACAAUGGGAACACCACCAGGACAGUAUGGGAGCUGAGCAGUGACCAGGGAGACCAGUGGCUGUUUGCACAAACCCCUGUCAUCCACACAUAUGGCAUGUACUAUGUAAGACUUGAGGGUGAGAGAGGUGUCAGUUACAGAGGAGACAUUGCUAUUGAUGACAUCCUUUUCUCAAGUGGUCCAUGUACAGUUCAACCUGUGGAGGCAGCACCAUCCACUCCAGUUUCCCCGACAUAUGCACCUACACCAGCAGCCACGUCCACACUGUCUCCAGCUUCUAUCCUGAACGAGUGCACCUUUGAGACAGACCUUUGCCAGUAUCAGCAGGCCCAGGAUGAUGACAUUGACUGGAUACGAGGACAAGGUCCAACCGGCUCCACUGAUACAGGGCCUACAAGCGAUCACACCUUGGGCACAGACCAGGGAUGGUAUGUUUACAUUGAGGCCUCCAGCCCUGCCCAGCCCAAUGACACUGCCCGUUUGGAGGGGCCAGUCAUACCAUUGACACAGCCGGCAUGCCUGAAGUUCUGGUACCACAUGUAUGGCACACACGUCAACAGGCUCAACGUCUACUUUAAGUCUGGUGGCAACCUGGGCAGCCCAGUCUGGACCCAGUCUGGUGCUGUGAGUGACCUGUGGAUCCAGGCACAAGUGAACGUCCCCACCACCUCCGCCUUCCAGCCCGUGUUUGAGGCCGUCAGGGGCACCAGUUUCCGUGGAGACAUCGGGCUGGACGACAUACAGGUGUUGGACGGGCCGUGCUCAUCUGGCUUUGAUGUGUCCUGUGACUUUGAGGAUGUCUCAGUGUGUGGGUACACACAGAGUGGAUCAGACGACUUUGACUGGACGUGGCAGAGUGGGAGCACCCAAACCACCAACAGUGGGCCAACCAACGACCACACUUAUGGCACAGGAGCUGGACACUACUUUUACAUUGAGGCGUCCAGCCCCAGGCAGCCAGGAGACACAGCAGUUCUGUACAGUAGCAUCAUCCCUCCCACACAAGGUCGCUGUCUGGAGUUCUACUACCACAUGUACGGUGCCAACAUUGGCACCCUGAAUGUGUAUACUAAUGGCAUCAAUAGCCCCAGUGUGUGGAGUAUGUCUGGUGACCAGGGUAAUGUGUGGAAACAAGCACAGGUCAGCGUCAGCAGCACUGCAUCUUUCGAGAUCACAUUUGAAGGAAUAACUGGCUCCAGCUUCCGAGGUGACAUUGCUAUAGAUGAUGUGUCCUUGAAGGCAUAUGAUUGUUCUACAGCAGGCAACUGCAACUUUGAGAAUGGUUUGUGCACAUGGACAAACAAUCAACCAGACGAUGACUUUGACUGGCUGAUAGGACGUGGUGGCACCAACAGUCAGUUCACUGGACCAUCUGUGGAUCAUACCCUAGGCACGGAUCAAGGACAUUAUGUAUUUGUGGAGACAUCCAACCCAAGAGUGCCUGGUGACGUGGCUCUGCUGCAAAGUGAGAGAUUCCAGUCCCAUGUGGAUGACAAAUGUCUGCGGUUCUGGUACCACAUGUACGGGGCCGGAGGCAUGGGAAGCCUGACCAUUUACACCUACACCACUGGCGGGCUGCGUACAAACCUCUGGCGGUUAGACACGGACCAGGGCGAUCAGUGGUUCCGAGGACAGGUGUCGUUCUCAAGCACUGAUGACUACAAGGUUAUGUUUGAAGCCAUUCGUGGCACCAACCAUCAGAGUGACAUGGCCAUCGAUGAUAUCUCCUUCUCCCCUGGCUCCUGUGCUGUACAACCAGCCAUAGCUGUACCUGGUGCUACUCCAGCUCCAACACUGCCAGCCAUCACCACACUACCUCCCACAAUAGUUGUUGGCCAGUAUGGUUGCACUUUUGAGUCUGACCUGUGUGGUUGGACUCAGGACGCCUCAGACACCUUUGACUGGACCCGAUCUCAGGGUCCAACUGGGAGCACUCAAACUGGGCCCACUGCAGACCACACCACUGGAACAGACCAAGGCUGGUACCUGUUCAUCGAGACGUCCAGCCCCCAGGUGGCCGGUGACGUGGCCCGUGUGCUGAGUCCUGACAUCCCCGCUGGUGUGCUGUGUCUGCAGUUCUGGUACCACAUGUACGGCACAAACAUCGACACACUGAACGUGUACCUACAGGAGGGAAGCACCCUGGGAACACCCGUGUGGACAGAAACUGGCACACAGGGAGACCAGUGGAUCCAGGGACAGGUGGCCAUCACCAAGUCAGCCACAUUCAAGAUUGUGUUUGAAGGGAUCCGUGGCUUAGGGUACAGAGGAGACAUUGCUCUGGACGACAUUAUUGUGAACUCUGGGGCUUGUCCUGGACCAGGGAGUACAGCCCAGCAGUGUACUUUUGAUGAUGCCAGUUUGUGUGGCUACACCCAGGACACCCAGGAUGACUUUGACUGGACACAAGCCUCUGGUACCACAGGGUCUACAGGAACAGGUCCUGACAAUGACCACACCACAGGCACCGAUGCAGGAAUGUACAUGUACAUCGAGGCAUCCUCACCCAGAAAUCCGGGCGACAUUGCUCGCUUGCUGAGCUCAUCUGUCACCCCUGGCGGGACACGGGCUGGCCAGUGUGUGGAGUUCUGGUACCACAUGUACGGUACCAGUGUUGGGACUCUCAACGUCUACAGCAGGAUCAAUGGAGUAGACACAUCAAUUUGGAGUAAGGACAGUGACCAAGGUAACCAGUGGAACCUGGCUCAGGUUGGACUCACUACCUCCUCUCAGUACCAGGUUGUAUUUGAAGGUAUCACUGGAACUAGCUUCCGUGGUGACAUUGCCAUUGAUGAUGUGCAGAUCAGUGAUGGGCUGUGUGGAGCACAAGGGAGCUGCACAUUUGAGGACAACGACCUUUGCACCUGGAGUCAGGACCUGUCAAAUGAUGACUUUGACUGGCUGCUGGGUCAAGGGUCAACAGGGAGCCAGUUUACAGGACCUGACAGUGACCACACCCUCGGCACUGCACUGGGUUACUACCUCUUCAUUGAGACAUCCUCUCCCCGUGUGAAUGGGGACGUGGCACGGAUCAUCAGCUCCAGGUUUGAUGGUGGACAGGACCGCUGCUUCAGCUUCUGGUACCACAUGUACGGAGCAGCUGUGGGAUCUCUCAGGGUUUACAUGCAAGAAAUUGGCUCUCAGACUGUGGAGUCAUUGGUAUGGGAACUGACAGGUGACCAAACCAACCAGUGGUUCAGUGGACAGGUGGGACUGAGCAGCAGGACCAAUCCUUACCAGCUUGUGUUUGAAGGUGUUCGAGGGGACAGCCACACUGGAGAUAUUGCUAUUGAUGAUCUAUUGGUCACAAAUAGUCUCUGUUCCAUACUACCAACUACAGCAAACCCUGGAGGCCAAGUGCAAAUUGGCUGUGACUUUGACUCUGGGUUCAGUGCCUGCAGCUGGACACAGUCUACAGCAGAUGACUUUGACUGGACACUUACCAACAUCAGCACAACAACUACCGACACAGGACCCAGCUAUGACCACACCACCGGAGCAGGUCACUACAUCUACAUCGAAAGUUCCAGCCCUCGCUCUCCUGGUGACAGAGCCAUGUUGGAGUCCUCCACACUGCCCCCUACCGACCCUAAUGGGAACUGCUUUUCCUUCUAUUACCACAUGUGGGGUGUCCACAUCGCCCAGUUGAACAUCUACACCUACGUGCCAAGUACGGGGCAGCAGACAUUGGUGUGGAGUAAGGACGGAGCGCAGGACAACCGCUGGAUCUUAGGGGUCAGGUCCAUCCAGGCUUCAGCUGACUUCAAGAUCCAGAUUGAGGGUGUGGUUGGUACAAGUUACCGUGGAGACAUUGCCUUGGAUGACAUCAGAUAUGGAACAGGCCCUUGUCCUGCACUAAGUGACUGUGACUUUGAAAUAGACUUCUGCGGAAUAAUUCAGGCUACUGAUGAUGACUUUGACUGGAGUCGCGGCCAGAAUGGCACCGCAACUGUGGGCACAGGUCCAUCAAUAGACCACACCACAGGCACACAAUCAGGAUACUAUGCGUACAUCGAAACCUCCUCUCCCCGUCAGCCGAACGACAAAGCGCGUAUGAUUACGCCCUUGUAUCUGGCCACCCCUGCCUCCUGUUUCCAGUUCUGGUACCACAUGUACGGCGUCAACAUUGGCACUCUCAACGUCUACCUAAAAACAGGAUCCUCCAAUACUCUCCUGUGGACCAAGAGCGGGGACAACGACGAUAUAUGGCGGUUAGGCUACGUCACCAUAUCCAGCCCUAAUGAUGUCUUCCAGGUUGUGUUUGAGGGCGUACGAGGCCAGAGCUUCCGUGGAGACAUUGCCAUAGACGACAUUCAACUCAGUGAUGGUCAAUGCCCACCACCAGGAUUCUGUAAUUUUGAGCAGGGGCUUUGUGGUUGGUCCAAUGCUGGACCUGUUCCAGACCAGUUUGACUGGCUGCGUAACCAGGGUGGCACGCCAAGCUCUGUUACUGGCCCAUCUGUGGACCACACUACUAACACUGAUCAGGGCUUCUACAUGUUUACGGAGGUGAGUGACACGUCACUAGUCCAGGGAGACCGGGCCAUUCUGUGGAGUGAGCACUUCCCUGCAGCAACCGACGCCUGCUUCUCCUUCUGGUACCAUAUGUAUGGAUCAAAUGUUGGAGCGCUCUAUGUGCAGAAGUACACCCAGGGUGCCUUCCAGCCAGUGUGGGACAUCCAGGGUCAGGUUGGUAACGUCUGGCAGUUUGCUAACAUCAGCCUCAGCAGUGGGACAGAGUUUCAGAUCACCGUCAUUGGUGAGAAGGGCAACGGCUACACAGGAGACAUCGCAGUGGAUGAUCUGAACUAUCAGGAGGUCUCAUGUGGUGUGACCACCCCUGCUCCUACCACCACAGUAAACCCAUCACAAGCGCCAAGCAGUUUUGACUGUGACUUUGAGACGGACCUGUGCACCUGGACCCAGUCUGCUGCAGAUGACUUCAACUGGAGCUGGCAGCAGGGCAGCACAGCAACAACCAACACUGGGCCUGAGUUUGAUCACACUCUUCAGAACAGUCAAGGUCACUAUGUGUUCAUUGAGACCAGUUCUGGUAACAUGGGUGAUGCAGCUCAGAUUGUCAGUGCCCCCAUCACCCCCACCUCUAGUGGGAAGUGUGUGCUGUUCUGGUACCACAUGUACGGGGCACAUGUUAACACACUGAACCUGAAGCUGCGUGGAAGAGCAGGCGACCUGCUUCUGUGGACACUCCAGGGAACCCACGGCAACGAGUGGAGAUACGCACAAGUCCGCGUCACUGAGCCUAGCACAUACAGGCUGGUGUUUGAAGGGCUGCGAGGUUCCAGUUAUGAAGGUGACAUUGCCCUGGAUGACAUUGCAGUACGAGAUGGAGAGUGCCCACCACCAGAUGCCUGUGACUUUGAGCAGAGUGACCUUUGUGGCUACACCCAGGACAUAACUGAUGAGUUUGAUUGGACACAACAGAGUGGGGCCAGCUCCACUGCAGGCUCAGGACCCUCCAAUGACCACACCUACUCCACUGCAGUUGGCAAGUAUGUCUUCAUUGAGACAUCAAGUCCAAGACAACCUGGAGAUUCAGCAAGGCUCACAUCACCAGUCUAUCCUGCCACCCGUGGGAAGUGCUUGCAGUUCUGGUACCACAUGUAUGGGACGGACAUUGGCGAGUUGACGGUGUACACCAAAACCGAUUUUGGCCUGAGCCCACAGUGGACACUGAGGAGCGAUCAGGGUGACUUCUGGCAUGUUGGCAGAGCUAAUCUUGCACAUGCUAGGCCUUACCAGAUUGUGUUUGAAGGUGUACGAGGCCUGAGUUACCGUGGAGAUAUUGCCAUUGACGACAUCAUGAUGAGUGAUGGCUUCUGUGGCCCUGCAGGUGCAUGUGAUUUUGAGGUGGACACCUGUGCCUGGUACAACACACGUGCCCAGGACGACUUUGACUGGGUCAGGCAGCGAGGAGUCACAGCCUCCUCCAACACCGGGCCUUCGGCUGAUCACACCAGUGGGAAUGGAUAUUACAUGUAUCUUGAGUCGUCUGCACCAAGACAACAAGGUGACAAGGCCUGGCUUCUCUCUGAAGUCUUCCAGACUGGCCCACCUGCCCGAUGUCUGCGCUUCUGGUACCACAUGUUUGGAAAUGGCAUCGGAACCCUGAAGGUUUGGAUGCAGAAGUCAUCAUCCCAGAUAGACGAGGUGUGGUCACUAAGUGGUGACCAAGGUGACCAGUGGCUGCAGGCCCAGCUCACACUCAGGAGUGAUCAGGCCUACAUGCUGAUCCUUGAGGGCAGUGUUGGCACUAGCCACACUGGAGACAUCUCAGUGGAUGAUAUACAGGUCACGGAUGGAGAGUGUACAGUGUGUGACACAAAGAGUACUGAUGACCAGUUCCGGUACAGAUGGGACCUACCAGCACUCACAGGCGCACGAUUUGAGUUUGAGGUGCAGGCCGGUAGCGACGUUCACGUGGCACUGUCCGCACAGAACCAGGAUCUCAACGAUAUGUACGAGGUGGUGAUUGGUGGUUGGAAUAACCAGCAGUCUGUCAUACGUCGCUCAGGGCACCAGGACGUGUCCCAAACACCAAACAUCAACUCUCAGACCCAGUACCGAGGCUUCUGGAUAACCUGGGCUCCUGAUGGGACUCUAGCUGUUGGACGUGGCAAUGACAUCAACCCGUUCCUGCAGUGGGUGGAUCCGAACCCCAUACCCAUCAGCUACGCUGGCUACUCCACAGGGUAUGGCUUUUCAGGACAGUGGAGGUUCUGUUCAGCAGGAGUCUCUCCCACCGGCUCACCUGGUACCGGGUUUGACUGUGGGAAUGGCCAGUCUGUUCCCCUUGGCAAUGUGUGUGACUUUAAACAGGACUGCAACAAUGGAAAUGAUGAACUCAACUGUGGUGCCUGCACCUUUGAACAGGAUGCCUGCUCCUGGACAGAUGUAAGUACAGGGUCCUACAGCUGGAGGAGGGACAGGAAUGGAACAACCACAUCUAACACAGGGCCCUCUGUAGACCACACUGUGGGAACUAUGUUGGGCUGGUACAUGGCGGUGGAAGCUUACACAGGAACUGUUAACAACUUGGCCAGACUUAAGAGCCCAACUCUCAGGCAGGGAGGAGCUGCGUGCAUGCUCAAGUUCUGGUACCACAUGUAUGGCUCAGGAAUAGGACGUCUGAAUGUGUACAUACAGCUUGGCCCAGUGGCAGAGACACAAGUGUGGUCACUGAACCAGGACAGAGGCAAUCAGUGGAGACAGGCUGUAGUGUACAUAGGCAGGGCCAGGGGAGAAUUCACGGUUCUGUUUGAAGCUAUCCGCAGCUUAAGUACAGCUGGUGACAUUGCCAUUGAUGACAUCACGUUUGAGAACUGUGCUCUGCCAGCUGCCCAGACCAGCUGCACCAGGGACCAGUACCGCUGCACCAGCCAGGCCUGUGUGGAUGCUGAUCGUGUUUGUGACUUCAGUGAUGACUGUGGAGACAACUCUGAUGAAAUCCAGUGCAGUAACUACCCUGCACGUUGUGACUUUGAAGCCAGCCUGUGCUCGUGGCAGCAGAUGGCUGAUGAUGACUUUGACUGGACCAGGGCCAAUGGGAACACAGCUUCUGUGGGAACAGGUCCUUCCAGAGACCACACACUCAAUACUGAUGCAGGUUACUAUGUGUACAUUGAGGCAUCCAGCCCCAGGGUACAGGGAGACAGGGCCAGGCUAGCCGGUCCCACCUUCCAAGCAGUCACUGGGGACUCCUGCAAGAUGAGGCUGUUCUUCCACAUGCUGGGGCAGCACAUCGGUGCCCUCCGUGUCAUGACAAGAACUGCCAUUGGCGGCCCCAUGACCACCGUAUGGUCCAGAAACACAGCUAUUGGGGACUACUUUGCCCGAGACUCUGUUACACUCCAGAGUGCAACUCCAUUCCAGGUGGUGAUUGAAGGUGAGGUAGGAUCAGGGCACCAGGGAGACAUUGCUCUGGAUGACAUCUCCUUCUCUUCAGGAUGUCAACUCUACAAUGGUCUUCUGCCCAGUGGCACAACAGCCCCACCUACCUCAGGCCCUUGUCAAUCUGGACAUUUCUCAUGUGUGUCCAACCCAACCUGCAUUCCCAACUCACAAGUGUGCGACUUCACCGACCAGUGUACAGAUGGGUCAGAUGAAAGCAUCUGUGGUGCGACGGACUUUGAAGCAGACACUGGAGGCUGGGUGGACACCAGUUCUGGGCAGUACGCCUGGAGGAGAGAGCCAGCCACUGUGUCUACUGAUGCAAGCAGUCCCAACACUGACCACACUCUUGGCACAGCAGCAGGCCAUUUCAUGUACCUGGAGGGAGCUUCUGGCCUCUUUGUCAACCCAGCAACAAUGCAGACCCCAGCCUUGGGCGCGACAGGCCUGGCCUGCCAGCUCAACUUCUGGUACCACAUGAACGGCGCCCAGUCUGGAACUCUGGCUGUUAACCUGGUCAACGCAGUUGAUGCCACAGAUACGAGACAGCUGUGGGCUGUGUCAGGCAGCCAGGGCGAUCAGUGGAACUCGGCUAUUGUCAGCAUUGGGGAGCAUCCUGCAGGGUAUAAGGUUGUGAUGCAAGGAACCCCGUCAGGCUUUAGCUUCCUGCUUGGUGGAAGUGACCUGGCCAUUGAUGAUGUCACCUUCCUGAACUGUUGCCCAACCUGUCCACCUGCACAUGCACAAGACCUUGACUGCAACUUUGAGACAGACCAGUGUGGAUACUACCAGAGUCAGGAUGAUGAGUUUGACUGGAUCAGAUCUAACACAGGACCGGAUGCCUUAGAGCAGGGCACAGGCCCUGGGUUCGACCACACCACAGGAACAGGAUAUUACAUGUACAUUGAUGCAUCCCCACCCCGCGCACCGGGAGACAGAGCCAAGCUGGUCACCUUCCACCAGCCACAGGCCACGGAGAAGUGUGCCCAGUUCUGGUACCACAUGUAUGGACUGGCUGUUGGCACACUGAAUGUUUACAUUGAGCGGAAGACUUUGACCCCGGAGCUGCUGUGGAAACGUUCUGGCACUCAGGGCAACAUGUGGAGAAAGGGACACGUCCCGAUAGUCAGUUCUUCUGCCGAAUGGAUGCUGAUCUUUGAAGCCGUUCGUGGAGACGACUGGGCAGGUGACAUUGCUCUUGAUGACAUCACAGUAACGGAUGGACCCUGCCCCGUAGAGAGCCAAUGCAACUUCGAGGUGAAUUUGUGCUGGCAACAGUCCAUAACAGAUGACUUCAACUGGGACAGAGGCAUUCUGCAGUCAGGCCCCAGUGCUGAUCACACAACAGGAACUGCUGCAGGUAACUAUGCCUAUCCAAGCGCUUCACCCAACCAGAACAUCGGGGACAACGCCAUGCUGUUUUCUCAAGGCUUCACCAUAUCCGGUCCUGCCGACUGUCUGCAGUUCUGGUACCACAUGGCGGACGCUCGUCUGGGUCAGCUCAACGUUUACCUGCAGCAGGGACCCAUCCUGGGGACUGCCAUCUGGUCCAUGUCUCAGACCCAGGGUGACGUCUGGAGGAUUGCCCGCGUCAGCCUGAACAACCCAGGCCAGUCCGUCCAGGUGGUGAUGGAGGUUAUCUAUGGUGAUGGUAUCCCAGGAACCAUUGCUAUUGAUGAUGUCACUAUCAGGAGUGGUGCCUGUCCAAGACAAGGCUACUGUACAUUUGAACAAGACACUUGUGGGUGGCAGAACACUGCAUCAGGGGAUGACCUUGACUGGCUGUGGAACUCCGGUGGGACACCCAGCAUCUUCUCUGGUCCUGAUGUGGACCACACCACCAACUCUGACCUUGGUCACUAUAUGUUUGUGGAUGCCAGCAGUGCUAGUGGGACCCGAGCAUGGCUUGUCAGCGAACACUUCCAGUCAACACCAGCAUCCUGUCUGCACUUCUGGUACCACAUGACUGGACUAGGAUCUGGUACCAUCGCAGUUUAUAAACGAAGUGACAACCGUCUGACCAAGCUGUGGGACCGAUCAGGGGACCAGGGGAAUGUCUGGAACCAAGCACAAAUUGAUGUGUCAAGUACCACCGAGUUUCAGCUACUUAUUGAGGGUGAACUGGGAUCAUUCCUGUUCUUUGUUUCGGCUGACAUCGCUGUUGAUGACACUGAUUUCCAAGCUGGACCUUGCGGUACACAAGUAGUGACCACUCCUGCACCAACAAUGCUGCCUGCAACAUUCCCUCCAGGGAAUGCAGACUGUAACUUUGACCUGGCAACAACAUGUGGAUGGAUCCAGGACACCAGUGAUGACUUUGAUUGGAUCGUCCAGAACAGCACAACUGACACAUACGGCACAGGACCUACUGGAGACCACACCACUGGCAGUUCUGAGGGUUACUACGCCUUUGUUGACUCCACUGGUGUUGCGAAUGACGCCAAGGCUCGAAUCCUGAGCCCAUCUCUGCCUGCAUCCUCCAACGACAGGUGUCUGCACUUCUGGUACCACAUGUUUGGUAUGCAUGUGGACUUCUUGAAGGUGUACACCUACUCUGGUGGCAGUCUUCAGGGCCCAAUAUGGCAGAAGUAUGGAAACCAAGGCAAUGAAUGGAAGUAUGCACAAGUACACCUGACAGCUACAGGAGCGUAUCAGGUUGCCCUGGAGGGUAGCAAGGGACCAGGCUGGCAGGGAGACAUUGCUGUGGAUGAUGUCGGGAUCAGUGAUGGGCCAUGUUUACCAUCAAAAACCUGUGACUUUGAGUCGACAGACUUGUGUGGUUACACGCAGGACGUGGCAGACUAUGGGGACUGGAUCCAAUCUAGUGGUGGCACAGGAACUGCCAACACUGGGCCAAGCACUGAUCAUACUUACGGAACUGCAUUUGGUCAGUACAUGUAUGUGGAUGCCUCCCGGCACUCCCGUCCCGGGGACUUCAUCCGCCUACUGAGCCCGACCUACCCCAGUACAUCCGGACAGUGCCUCCGCUUCUUCUACCACAUGUUUGGCACAGAUGUCGGCUUCCUCAGCGUUCACACCAGGGCCUUCGGUACUGUAGGACCCGCAAUUUGGACUCAGAUGGGGAAUCAGGGUGACCAGUGGCAAGUGGCUGAGUUAACAGUGUCAUCACCCACACCAUACCAGAUGGUGUUUGAGUUUAUCAGCGGCACUGGUCAGCAGGGAGACAUCGCCAUUGAUGACGUGGCAAUCACAGACGGAGCCUGCUCCCCUCCUGGGUGGUGCGACUUUGAGAUUGACCAGUGCACUUGGAGUAACGAGCCGGCUGAUGAUGAUUUUGAUUGGUUGAGGAAUUCUGGCAGCACAAUAAGUUUUGGAUCUGGACCUGCUACUGACCACACAUUAGGCACCAGCUCAGGAUACUAUAUGUACACAGAAGGCAAUGGUCUGCAGCCAGGCGACAAGGCUUGGCUUGUGUCCCAGAGGUUCACUGCUGACACAUCCCGAUGCCUGUACUUCUGGUAUAACAUGCGGGGCGCUGAGAUGGGCACACUGAAUGUCUAUGUCAGAACUACUGGUGGUCAGCCAACACUGGUCUCCACUUUACAAGGGGACCAGGGGAGUGACUGGAAGGAGUCCCAAGUCACUGUGUCUGCCGACAGCGCCUAUCAGGUCUUGGUGGAGGGCAUCCGUGGCUCUGGUUCUCUAAGUGACAUCGCCAUUGAUGACAUCAGGAUUGAACCAGGAAUCUGCCAGACCAUACCUACACAGCCCCCACAGUCGGCCUUGUUUGGUAACUGUGACUUUGAGCAGGACAUGUGUCUCUGGAGGGACAGCAGUGAUGGAUCAUUCCAGUGGAAACGGGACAACAACGGCACAGGAACAUCUAACACAGGGCCAACUGUAGACCACACAACAGGCACUGCUGGAGGUCACUACCUGGCGGUAGAGGCAGAUGAUGGAAACCGUAACGACAUUGCGAUGUUGACAAGCCCCGUGUUUGAUCAGUCCAGCCCUACCUGUCAGCUAUCCUUCUGGUAUCACAUGUAUGGAAAUGGUAUUGGCACCAUGCAGGUGAUCUUGAGACAAGGAAAUCAGGACACACAGCUGUUCCGCAGAAUAGGAGGCCAGGGCAACAGGUGGAACAGCAUGAUCAUUGGCCUGGGACAACUACGGGCUCCAUUCCAGAUCUUGUUUGAGGCUACUCGUAGCUUCAGUGUUCAGGGUGACAUCGCUUUGGAUGACAUCAACUUUAUCAACUGUGAGCUGCCACCACCCGAGGAUUCCUGUACUGCUGACCAGCUGAGGUGCACCCGGGGCUCCUGCGUGGGGCUGGACAGAGUAUGUGACUACACUGAUGACUGUGGGGACGGAACAGAUGAGGCACCCAACCAGUGUGCCAACAUUCCUGACAGGUGUGACUUCCAGAACGGCAUCUGCAGGUGGACCCAGUUUGGUGGAGAUAACUUCAGCUGGUCCAGGCGAGCCGGCUGCACACCUACAGGCAACACUGGGCCCUGCAGGGAUCACACCUCCAACACUGAUGCUGGUUACUAUCUGUACAUUGAAGCCAACAACAGGCGGCCUGGAGACUUUGCACGAGUUGCAAGCCGUAUAUUUGCCGGCACAACAGACAGUAAUCCUUGUAAACUGAGGUUCUACUACCACAUGUAUGGAAAUAACAUCGGCAGCCUUGCUGUCAAAAUCCGUACCACCUACGGUGGACCGCUGACUCAGAUAUGGGCGAGAACCACACAGGUUGGAAACUACUGGGAAAGGGCAGAGAUCACCAUACAAAGCAGUGGACUUUUCAGGCUGAUGAUUGAUGGAACUGUCGGUAAUGGACCCCAGGGUGACAUUGCCAUUGAUGACAUGUCCUUCACAUCUGGCUGUGUGCCAGACAAUGGCCCCUUGCCCCCCAUUCCCACUACCAUUGCCCCGCCCAUCACCACCCAGUCCCCCUGCCAGCCUGGACAGUUCAAGUGUCUGGAGGAUAACUCCUGCAUCGAUGCCAGCAAAGUCUGCGACUACAUCAUGGAUUGUUUCACCAGCUCUCCUUCUGUGAUGGCAUCAGAUGAAGCCAUGUGUGGUGCCUGUACCUUUGAACGUGACCAGUGCGGAUGGGCAGAUAUCAGCUCAGGCCAGUUUGACUGGACAAGGAACCAAGGACCAACUUCUACCGCCAACACUGGACCAUCUGUGGACCAUACUACACAAACUGGACAGGGUCACUACAUGUAUGUGGAAGGAGGCAGUGGACUGUUCCUGACCCCAGCUGCUCUGCAGAGUGUUCCACUGUCACAAACAUCUAAUGUCUGUCAGGUGCGUUUCUACUACCACAUGUACGGCCCUGGUGUGGGUGCGCUGAGGCUGAUGCUGGACGCUGCUGGGGAUGGUAGUGCCCUGAUGGAGCUGUGGAGAAAUGAUGCAGACAUGGGAGACGCCUGGCAGGAGGCUACGGUUGACCUCGGAUCACAGCCUGAUGGUUACAGGCUGCAGUUCCAGGGAGUGCCCAGCCAGUCCGGUGGGGGUUGGGGAUUCCUUCUGCCCGACACAGAUGACAUGGCCAUCGAUGACAUCACCUUCAUCCAAUGUGACCUUGGCUCUGACAGAGACUAUAACUGCACGUUUGAGAGUGGUAUAUGCGGAUGGCGCCAGUCCACAGACGAUGACUUUGACUGGACACGUCAGCAGGGUUCCACGGCCAGCAGCAACACGGGACCAGACAAUGAUCACACCACUGGGACUGGUUAUUACGUCUACGUGGAGGCAUCCAGCCCCCGACAGGACGGUGACAUCGCCAGGCUGGAGACAGGCAGCCUCCCAGCCACCUCCACAGACGGAGGCUGCCUCUCCUUCUGGUACCACAUGUUCGGGCCUCACAUCGGCUCCCUGUCUGUACACAUGCAGCAGGAGGGACAGACUAAGGCUAUGGUGUGGCAGCUUCAAGGCACACAGGCAAAUGAAUGGAAACAGGCUCACGUCAGCAUCAUGGCACCAGUUGGGUACAGGUUAUUCAUCGAGGGCACAGUUGGACCUGGAUAUGUCGGAGACAUCUCAUUAGAUGAUGUCGUGUUCACCAGCAGCGCUUGUCCAGCAACACCUGAGUGCACAUUUGAGGCUGACCUGUGUAACUGGGAACAGGCCAGGGAUGAUGAGUUUGAUUGGGUGAGACAUCGGAACGGAACAGCAUCAUCUGGGACUGGACCACGCUAUGACCACACCUACCUGUCAAGCUUGGGCUACUACCUGUACAUGGAGACGUCCAGCCCCAGACAGUCUGGGGAUCGUGUUCGCCUGCUCAGUCCAUACUACGAUGCCAACAACGGAGCGCAGUGCCUGCAGUUCUGGGUGCACAUGUUUGGGGACCACGUCGGCACCCUGAAUGUGUACCAGCAGGAGGAGGGACAAGUGUUCGUCAGCGGUCCCAUCUGGACCAAGUCAGGUGACCAGGGUAACCUCUGGAGAUUUGGUCAGGCCACGCUGACUAGUGCAAGACGCCGCUUCAGGGUUGUGUUUGAAGGUGUGGUUGGAAAUGGGUUCCGGGGAGAUAUUGCACUGGAUGACAUCAAGGUGAUAGUUGGGGCAUGUAACAGACCAGGAUUCUGUGACUUUGAGAGGGACAUGUGUGGUUGGACCAACGAACUGUACAUAGACAACUUUGAUUGGUUGCGGGACAAUGGUGCCACACCUAGCUUGUUCACAGGACCGUCAGUGGACCACACGACCAACACUGACCAGGGUUACUACCUUUACAUUGAGUCAUCGGGUAACAACAGACCUGCAGGAGAAAACGCCUUCCUCCUGAGUGAAAGUUUUGCUCCAACACAAAUGUCAUGCCUGUCCUUCUGGUACCACAUGUAUGGAGCUGGUGUAGGCUCUCUGAACGUCCUCACGGCUGUGUACACAGGAGGGAACAACAUCAACGCCACGUACCGCUGGCGUGCAUCCGGCAACCAGGGUAACGUUUGGAGACAGGGUCUGGUGCAGAUCACUCAAACUACACAGUGGGAGAUAAUGUUUGAGGGUGUGUAUGGAGGUAACUACACUGGUGACAUUGCAUUGGACGACAUUGAUGUCCAGCCUGGUGCUUGUCCAUUUGUCCCUACAACACCCACAACACCACCUGUAACAAUGCCACCUGUAUAUCCUCCAAAUGAGAAUGACUGCAGCUUUGAGUCGGACAUCUGUUCCUGGAUGCAAGACACCAACGAUGACUUUGAUUGGACCAGAGCCAGUGGAAGCACAGUUUCUGUGGGAACAGGCCCAGCAGUUGAUCACACUACACUUACAGACAGUGGCUUCUACAUGUACAUUGAAGCAUCCGGCCAGCAGCUCAAUGACUCAGCUAAGCUCAUGAGCAAGUCCUUCACAGCCACCAAUGCCGGUGUGUGCAUGAAGUUCUGGUACCAGAUGUAUGGGUCCAGUGUGGGACAACUCAACAUCUAUGCCCGAACCCCUGGUGUCCCAGACAUUAUCAUCUGGCGCAUGCGAGGAAACAGAGGACCACAGUGGAACUACGCACAAGUGCACAUAACCGCAGAUAGCCCCAAUGAGUACAAUGGUCAGUACACGCUGCAGGUUGUGGUGGAGGCUACGCGAGGCCAAACCUGGAGUGGGGACAUCGCUGUGGAUGAUUUCAGCUUCAACAUUGGAGAUUGUCCAGCAACAGCACUGUGUGACUUUGAGAAUGAUUACUGUGGCUACAGCCAGGACCAGGCUGAUGACUUUGACUGGACCUACCAAUCUGGAGGCACAAGCACCACACAGACCGGGCCCAGUUAUGAUCACACCUAUGGCACUCCUGCAGGCUACUACAUGUACACUGAGAUGUCAGGCCUAAAUGCUGGCGAUCGAGCUCGCAUUUCCACCCAGGCACACCCACCCACGACAGGCCAGUGCCUGCAGUUCUGGUAUCACAUGUACGGGUCAAGCAUUGGUACCCUGAAUGUGUACAAGAGUGAAGGGUCAGCAUUCCCUACUCAACUGUGGAGCCUAAGUGGGGACCAGGGGAACCAUUGGCAUGUUGCACAAGCCACUGUCCAGAGUUCUCGUGAUUUCAGGAUUACUUUUGAAGGUGUCCGUGGUACCAGUUACCGUGGAGACAUUGCCAUUGACGACAUCCUGCUGCUGGACUCGGAAUGUGACCCCCUGGGGUCAUGUGACUUUGAGGGCAGCUCCUGUACCUGGAAGAACGAGGAGAGACAGGACGACUUUGAUUGGGAGCGACAAACUGGAGGAACUGUAUCGCAAGACACUGGACCAUCAGCUGAUCACACACUAGGAACAGCCUAUGGUACCUACUUGUACAUCGAGACCUCCAUUCCCCAGCAACAGGGUGAUCUUGCAUGGAUGGUGUCUCCAGUGUUUGACAACAGCAUGCCACGCUGCAUGAGCAUGUGGUACCACAUGAAGGGUCAGAACAUCGGAGCCCUGCGUGUGUACAUGAGGCCUACAGAUGGGUCUGCCAUGCAGCUCCAAUGGGAGAAGUCAAUUGACAUGGGUGACAUCUGGCAGCUGGUCUACAUCACUUUCAAGGAUGCACCAAGCAGCUACGAGGUCCUGCUGGAGGGUGUGGUGGGUAGCGGACACAGCGGAGACAUUGCUGUUGAUGACAUCAAUUUCCAGGACAACACAGAAUGUCCUCCCCAACCUACCACUGCCCCCCCUUGUGCGGUGACUUGUUCAUCCAGCGACAGCCAGUGGCCAGCCUGUGUUCCUCAGAGUGCUGUGUGUGACUUCAACCAGGACUGUAAGGACAAGGAUGAUGAAAUAAUCUGUGGUUAUGACUGCACAUUUGAGAACAAUGAUGGCUGCCAGUGGAAUGAGACCAGCACUGGAACGUUUGCUUGGCGUCGACACCGUGGCUCCACUCCAGACUCCAACACAGGACCUCCAUUUGACCACACCACACUUUCUGCACAAGGCUUCUACAUGUAUGUGGAUGCCAGCAGUGGAAACGUAUACAGCUUUGCCACCUUGACUAGCCCCAUGCUACAGCAGGCUAGUUCCACAUGUGAACUGACCUUCUGGUACCACAUGUAUGGCCAGGACAUUGGGAGCCUGCAGGUGGUGAGGCAGCAGGGCACGAUGCAGGCUACCCUGUGGGAACUGUCGGGAGACCAGGGUAAUGUGUGGCAGCAGGCUGUUGUCUCUGUAGGAAGGGUCAACACACCAUUCCAGUUACUUCUGCAAGCUCGGCGUGGUUUCAACCACCUUGGUGACGUGGCUAUUGAUGAUGUCAGUUUCCAGGGAUGUGCUCUUCCAGUUCCAGUCAGUGGUGACUGUGCCAGUGAUCAGUACAAGUGUUCUCAGAGAGGAGCAUGUAUCGACAACAACCGUGUGUGUGACUUCACGGACGACUGUGGGGACAACACUGACGAACAAACAUGUAAUGCGUUCCCUGGUCGCUGUGACUUUGAGGUGGGCCUGUGUUCCUGGCAGCAGAUGGCUAUAGAUGAGGCAGACUGGACUCUACAGUCUGGUCCUACCACCACUACCUCUACUGGACCUGCUAUCGACCACACCACCAACACUGCCACAGGCCAGUACCUGUAUCUGGAGUCAUCCAACCCAGCCAGCCCAGGUGACCGGGCACGUCUGGUCAGCUCAGUGCUGCAGGUCUCCUCCUCUGCUACCACUACAGACACCUGCAAGCUUCGGUUCUACUACCACAUGUAUGGUGCAGACAUAGGUGAUCUGAAUGUGUACACCAGGGUACAGGAUGGAGGGCCUCUCACCAGAGUUUGGUCAAUCUCAGGACAAGUCGGCGACUUCUUUGUAAGAGCAGAAGUUGAUCUGCAAAGUCCUGCUGGACGAUUCCAGGUCAUCAUUGAGGCAAUGGUAGGGUCAGGCCCCGAGGGUGAUAUCGCCAUCGACGACGUCUCCUUCUCAGACAUGUGCCAGCCUGUCAUAGGUGUGCUGCCCGUGGGUACUACACCUGUCCCCACCACACCCAGCCCACCCUGCCCAGCUGACCAGUUCCACUGUGGUGAUGGUACUUGCAUCCCCGCCACUCAGUACUGUGAUGGAACGACCCAGUGUACAGAUGGAUCUGAUGAGGCUACUUGUGGUGCUUGUACCUUUGAAACGGACCUCUGUGGUUACGUAGACACUAGUUUUGGAUCGUACAACUGGCAGCGUUACCAGGCCAACACCCCUGCUGCGACAGGACCUGACAUGGAUCACACCAGCGGCGUGACAGGCUACUACAUGUCAGUGUCCGCAAUCGGAGGAAGUGUAGUCAACCUGGCAGUACUACAGAGCCCAGCCUUACCUGCUGUGGGACCCAACUGUCAAGUCAAGUUCUGGUACUACAUGACUGGCACGCAUGAUGGACGUCUGUCGGUGUAUGUGGGCUCAGUCGACGGAUCCCUGAGCCAGGUCUGGCAGGAGUCGCUGACUAGCACACAGUGGAGGCAGGGGAUGGUGGGCAUCGGAAGUCAGGGCUAUGGCUUCAAGGUGGAGUUUGAGUACUUCCACUUCUUCCAGGGUGCCAGGGUAGCAUUGGAUGACAUCACUUUUGAGAACUGUGAACUCGGAGAACUGCGACCAUGUCAGAUGCAAGAGUUCUUCUGUGUCCAGUCUGGAGACUGUGUCAACUGGACCAAGAUCUGUGACUACGCACAGGACUGCAGGGAUGGCAGCGAUGAGGCUGACUGGGUUUGCGACUCGUCUGCAUACCCCUAUGAGAGAUGUGACAUGGAGGCUGACAUCUGCUCCUGGACUCAGGAACUGGACGAUGACUUUGACUGGAGCCGCAGGAGCGGCAGCACCUCUUCCUUCAACACAGGCCCUGCUGUCGACCACACUAAGGGGGACACCUCAGGCUAUUACAUCUUCAUCGAGGCCUCCAGUCCCAGACAGCCUGGAGAUGUGGCCAGAAUCAGCAGUCCUGUCAUCCUGCCCACAACAGAUCUCCCCACUGCUCAAGACAGUGCAACCAUCCCACCUGGCUGUCAGUUGCGUUUCUGGUACCACAUGUACGGACGAAACAUCGACACGUUGAAUGUGUACAUGAGAACCCAGAUCAAUGGCCCACUGACCAACCUGUGGUCCAAGACUGGGGAGCAAGGGGAUGAAUGGUGGCUGGCUUAUGUAGAGAUUUCCAGUGAUGCCAACUUCCAGGUUGUAAUAGAAGCUGUGCGAGGAAACGGAGCAGCUAGUGACAUCGCAGUGGACGACGUUUCCUUCACACCCGGCUGCAGGGUUGACUCAACGGCCAGUUUGGCACCACCGCCCACCCCCACAGCGGCUACCUGUCCAAUCGGCCAGCUUCCAUGUUCAAACGGCCAGUGCCUGUCCUACAGCAAGUUCUGUGACUUCAACUAUGACUGUUCUGAUGCUAGUGACGAGUUGACUUGUCCAUCUGUGUGCAACUUUGAGAUCCAGGAUGACAACAUGUGCUACUGGACCAACCCGACUAGCGAUGACUUUGAUUGGCAUGUGCACAGUGGACGGAACACCGCUGCAGGAACUGGACCUACUGUGGACCACACGUACAGUACACCUGCAGGAAAAUAUGCAUGUAUAGAAGCUGACAACCACUACUCCAUGAAGGCAGAACUGCUCAGCCCCAUGUUCGGACACUCCGGCACGACAUGUAAGCUCAACUUCUGGUACCACAUGUAUGGUGCCAACAUCGACGGCCUCACCAUGUACCUGAAGAUUGGGGAACAGAGGAGGCCGCUGUGGUCGGCUAAUGGGGACCACGGUGAUGUGUGGAACAAUGCUGUUGUCAGCAUCCCUCCAUGUACUGCAAACUUCCAGGUACUGUUUGAGGGCAGUAUUGGUACAGAGACUGUAGGAAACAUUGCGCUGGAUGACCUGAGGUUCCAGGACUGUGGUUAUCCAGACCCGUCCGGGACGUGCUCCUCAGACCAGUUCCAGUGCAGCAGUGGCCACUGCAUCUCCAAACUGGCCACCUGCGACUACACUCCAGACUGCUGUGAUGGAUCAGACGAAUCCAUCGGACAAUGCCGUUCUGUGUCCAUGUGUGCAUUUGAGAGGGACCUGUGUGACUGGACACAGAUGCUGAGUGAUGACUUUGACUGGAACAGACACCGCGGCCACACCAGCUCUGAUAAUACAGGCCCACAAGUGGACCAUACAUCAGGCACAACUAAUGGCUAUUACCUGUACGUGGAAACAUCUAGGCCCAGAGCGCCUGGAGAUGUGGCAAGAAUAGCCAGUUUCAUCAUCGAUGCAAAUCCCAGGGACUGUUAUCUCCGGUUCUACUACCACAUGCUGGGCAUUGCCAUUGGCAACCUGAAUGUUUACAUCAAGCCCAUCGGCAGCUCUGAGAGGAGUGUUGACAGCAUAGCAGGGGAGCAGGGUGAUGCCUGGCUCCGAAGGAAUGUCUUACUAAACAGUCAGGAACCAUUCCAGGUGAUACUGGAGGGAGUUGUGGGGCUAGGUGUGGCAGGAGACAUCUCUAUCGAUGACGUCACAUUUACAGAAGGCUGCAGGCCGUAUGCAGGAACUGUGGCCCCUCCAACAACUACCCCUCUCCCAACUACAACACCAGCGACUACCAUGAUGGCUUGCCCAGCUGGCCAGCGACCUUGCAGUGACUUUGCAACAUCCAGUCAGUGUGUAGCUGAGACCUCCUUGUGUGACUUCAGACCUGACUGUGGAGACCGCUCAGACGAGACUGACUGCAACACGAUCUGCAACUUUGAGAGAGACAACUGCAGGUGGAACAAUGCGCCGAGUGCUGCCAUGAACUGGACCAGGUCCACAGGAGCAGACACACAGGCAGACCCGAACUCUCCCAGCACAGACCACACUCAGCAGAGCAGCUUUGGGUACUUUAUGUACGUGGACUCCACUCCGGCAGCCUCCAGUGGCGUGGCAGAACUCCGCAGCAGAACGUUCAACGGUGCUGCAGCAGCCUGCAGGGUCGAGUUUGCUUUCUACAUGUACGGAUCAAAUGCUGGGACUUUGGAGCUGCUGAUGGAUACAGAGGGUGGUCGCACUUCACUAUGGAGAGUUGCAUCCACCAACUCUGAAAACAACAAGAACACCUGGCAGACCAUUGGUGGAGUGUCUAUCGGACGCAGGAGACAAGGUUUCCAGCUGAUGUUCAGGCAUUCGUACAGUGGAAGGUACAGUGGAGCAGUGGCUGUGGACGAUGUGACUCUGAGGGGAUGUGACUUCCCCCUCCCCCAGCAGAGCUGUACAGCCGGCCAGUGGCAGUGUGCAAACAGGGCCUGCAUCGAGAAAGCACUUCUCUGUGACUUGUCUGAUGACUGUGGUGACAAUAGUGAUGAGUCUGCGUGCUCUCAGCGGAUCCUGUGUAAUUUUGAAGCAGACCUUUGUAGUUGGCAACAGUCCAGUGAAGAUGAUUUUGACUGGAUGAGAAACAAUGGUACCACCUCUACCUACUGGAGCGGUCCUUCAAGGGACCACACCACUGGCACCAGGUUUGGAUUUUACCUGUUUGCGGAGACAUCCAGCCCACAGAGCUACGGUGAUCAGGCUUGGCUCAUCAGUCCUGUGUUUGCAGCUACACCAGAUGAGUCAAUAUGUCAGAUGCGUUACUUCUUCCACAUGUACGGCGAGCAUGUAGAGGAGUUGAAUGUGUACAGGAGACAGUACAACAGUGGGAAGGGUGUGCGCAUCAUGAACCAUCACGGGGACUUUGGCGACAUGUGGAACAGAUUCUAUGUCAACAUCUCCAGUGAUACUCCAUACCAGAUUGUGAUGGAAGCUGUAGUAGGAGAUAGCUACCAGGGAGACAUUGCCAUUGAUGACAUCAGCUUCACUAGUGGAUGUCAGCUCAUUUCAGGCCAGCUACCCCCACCACCUGCCACUACCUCCCCCCCACCCACCACUGCAGGCCCCACAGUCUGCACACCCACCCUGGAGUACCAGUGUAGGAAUGGGCAGUGCAUCGAUGCCAACAAAGUCUGUGACUUCAACUUAGACUGCAGAGAUUCUUCAGAUGAAGAUGGCUGUGUGCGCGAGAAAUGUGACUUCAGCGGAGGAGACUUGUGUGGCUGGAUCUCCCUGGACAUGGACGGCCCACGAUCGCGAGCUGAGACGUUCUACCGCUGGCAGACAGGGCAGGGGAAGGACAGGACUCCUUCUGAAGCCUCCGACAACAUCAGGCCUGGUGUGGACCAUACCUCAGGAACAGGAGAUGGUUACUAUCUGUUUGCGGACAGCUCACCUGGAAGUUUCCAGGACACAGCACAGAUCAUCACACCCAUGAUCUCUCGUACGGGGGCCCAGUGUGUGCUGUCCUUCUGGUACUACAUGCAUGGAUCCAGCAUCGGCUCACUGCACAUCUACAGAGUCUUUGGAGGCCAGCAGGUGGAGCUGUUUGAGUUGGAUGGGGAGCAGGGAAAUCUCUGGAAGGAGGGCCAGGUCUUCCUGGGCACCAACCAGAACAUUGAGAUUAUGAUUGAGGGAAGACGAGGGCGCAGCUGGGUAGGAGACAUCAGUAUUGAUGAUGUACAGUUCCGAGACUGCAUGCCACCAGAGCCAGACCAAGGUGCUCAGUGUACAGCUGACCAGUUCAAGUGUGCGCUUGGUUUCUGCAUCCCCCAGUCCCAGCACUGUGACUUUGUGGACGACUGUGGAGAUGGGUCUGAUGAGGACAGCCUCAGUGGGCACUGUGAGAGGUAUCCUGCUCGCUGUGACUUUGAGACAGACAAGUGCCCGAGGUACUGGAUGGAUGAGGCAGCUGAUGACUUUGACUGGACCCUGAGAGCCGGUAACACCGCUUCAUCUGGUACUGGUCCCAGCGCAGAUCAUACCAACAGGGACCCUACAGGUCAUUACAUCUACAUCGAGAGCUCUGUACCCAGACAGCCUGGAGACAAGGCACGGAUCCAUACACCUGCUUUCAGACAGGCGUAUGAUGGUUGCAAGUUGAGGCUGUUCUACCACAUGUAUGGUGUGGAUGUGGGCUCACUGAAUAUCUACAAGAGGACCAGCUACCUCCAGGCCAAUGGUAUGACUCUCAUGGCCAGUGUGGAUGGAGAGCAAGGAAACUUCUGGAGAAGACUGGAGGUGGACUUCACUGGAUCUACCAACUUUGAGGUGGUGAUUGAGGGAGUGCGUGGGACAGGCCCACAGGGUGACAUCUCUAUUGAUGACAUCUCCAUGACGAUGGAAUGUGUGAAAGGAGGCCAACUUCCGGAUGGCCCCACCCUUAGCCCCCCUCCCACCCAACACCCCAGCUGUCCUACAGGCUGGCUGAAGUGUACCAACAGUGACACCUGCUAUGCACCUUACAAGAAGUGUGACUUCGUGGAUGACUGUCGGGACGGCACCUCCACUAUGCCUUCAUCUGAUGAAAACGGCUGUGGAAAUGACUGUGACUUUGAGAGCGGCGCCGCACCCCUCUGUGGUUGGAAGAACUCUGCCAGUGACAACUUUGACUGGACACUUCACCAGGGCCAUACAGCCUCCUCCGGCACUGGGCCUGGUCAGGACCAUACCACCAACUCAGUGUCUGGCCACUACCUGUACAUCGAGAGCAGCACGUCUGCAGGUGUGUCUCUGGGAGACAUUGCUCACAUCACCACAGGUGUGUACCAGGUGUCUGCUUCCACCUGCAAGCUGCGCUUCUGGUACCACAUGUACGGCACCGGCACGGGCAUGCUCAACGUCAAGAUCAAGGCAAUCAACGAUGGCCUGACUGAUCUGGUCUGGAGCAAGACAGGCGACCAGGGUGACCAAUGGCAGCAAGCUGAGGUUGCUAUUGGCAACAGGCAACAGUUUGAGGUGCUCAUCGAGGGAAUGCGAGGCUCCGAUCAUCUAGGAGACAUUGCCAUCGAUGAUAUCUCCUUUGUAUCCUGCUCUACUGAUCCACCACCACUGCAAUGUGGACCUAAUGAGUUCAGAUGUACCAGCCAGGCGCAGUGUGUGAGCCAGGAUGUGGUGUGUGACUACAAGGAUGACUGCACUGAUGGGACCGACGAGCAGCUCUGUGUAUACCAGCCCGGAAAUUGCAACUUUGACAAUGUUGCCAGCUCUGUUGCUGGAUGUAGAUGGGCGCAGCUAGACAGUGAUGACUUUGACUGGUCUGGACCUGCAACAAACACUCCUACAGCCAACACUGGGCCUUCCUCAACUCACAACAACAUCGGUCAGUUCCUGUACAUCGAGGCCUCUUCCCCCCAGAGACCAGGCAUGCUGGCAGGCCUGGAGAGUCCUGACUUCCCAGCGGGAGUCGGCACAUGCAGGAUGAGGUUCUUCUAUCACAUGUACGGGGCUGCACAGAUGGGCACACUGAAGGUGUACACACACUCAAAACAAGGACCAAGGCAACUGAUGUGGAUAGAGUCAGGCAACAAGGGGAACUCCUGGCAGUAUGCAAACUUCCCCAUCGGAAACUCGGACAUGUACAAGGUUGUGGUGGAGGCCGAGGUGGGAGGGAGCGACCGCAGCGACAUCGCCAUCGAUGACAUCUCCUUCUCCCCUGGCUGUGCCAACUUAACCUACAGCUGCCCAGUGGGACAGUUCUACUGCCCUGACUUCCCGUACAUCAACUGCCUGCCUGACACCUGGAUCUGUGAUGGCGACGUUGACUGUCCGGACGGACGUGACGAAGAUGGCUGUCCGACCCAGUCUUACCAGUCUACUGCGGCAGCCGUGACUGGUGGCUCAGCGGGUACUGUGCCGGUGAACCCUGCCAGCUGCGGCCCACGUGAGCUGAGGUGCAACAGUGGAGCUUGUUACUCAGCACUGUUAGCAUGUGAUGGAGUUACAGACUGUACUGACAACUCGGAUGAAGUUGGCUGUAUCGGAAACGUCCCCUGCAACGGCACCAGUGUUUAUUGUGGCCCCACGAGCAGCUGUCUGAGUGAGACUACCCGCUGUGACGGUACUGAAGACUGUUCAACUGGAGCUGACGAGGCUUUGUGUGGAAGCUGUCCAACCAAUUACUGCCAGAAUGGAGGUCUCUGUGAAUACAAGAGUGAUUCCACUACUUUCUACUGCAGUUGCUCCAACAAGUUCAGCGGCAGUCGCUGUCAACUUGAGGUUAUCAGCCCUCCAGAAAGACGGACAGAUUCAAACACUACCAUGUGGAUAGCGAUCGGCCUUGUUGGGGGUGUGGUUCUUAUAGUGGCUGUACUUCUGUCCAUCUACUUUGUUGUCAGAAGAAACAACAGAGACAGGAGAUUUGGAGACCUUCCCGGUUACGGUACCAACAACCCUACUUAUGAGCCUGAUCAACUUCAAGAUUUCAAAUUCAGUGAUGUAGAUACUUCAUACAUGAUUGACACCCCAGAUACAACCUACAUGAUCGAUCCUCCACAGAAACUUGGCACAGAUGCUGCUGGGAUAGACAACCCUCUGUACGGUAUGAAGAAGGAAACAGACUUUGGGCUGGACAUCGAUGGACCAUCGUCCAGCUCUAAUGCAUAGCAACUGUCCUUUACAAAUACUUAGGUAAUCAGUAGUAAAAUAGGUUUUUUAAUGAAGGGCAGCCGAAACAUAAUCAUAUUGAAAGUACUAGUUUAAGACAGUAUUAGAUUUUCCUAAUGUGUUUACCAACCAACAAAGCUGCUAUCGUUAACAAUUGUUAACAAUGAAUGUAUCCAGAUUUUACGGAAUUUAGUUGUAGACUAUAUACAUGCCACGUCACAUUUUUCUAGUAACAAUCCUGCUAUCAUGUUCAAGCUUUUUUAUGUGA